CACAAACCCAUCGCCUCACUCUCCUCUCUCUCACAAAAAAACACACAAAAAAAAAAACUAGGGUUUCUCUCUUUCCAACCAUGGCAACUCCACCAGCCGCCAAGACCAACAUGGUCCAAUGUUUCGGUCGGAAGAAAUCCGCCGUGGCCGUCACUCACUGCAAAGCCGGCCGUGGACUAAUCAAAGUGAACGGCGCACCAAUCGAGCAUCUCCAACCAGAAAUCCUCAGGACAAAAGCUUAUGAACCCAUCUUGCUAAUUGGUCGGUCAAAGUUUGCAGGCGUUGACAUGAGAAUCAGGGUCAAAGGUGGUGGUCAUACCUCUCAGAUUUAUGCAAUCAGACAAAGCAUUUCAAAGGCUUUGGUGGCGUAUUAUCAGAAAUAUGUUGAUGAAGAACAGAAAAAAGAGAUUAAGGAUAUUUUGGUUAGGUAUGACAGGACAUUGCUUGUUGCUGAUCCUAGAAGAUGUGAGCCUAAGAAGUUUGGUGGUCGUGGUGCACGUGCCAGGUUCCAGAAAUCUUACCGUUGAAGAAUAUCAUCAUCAAGAAAUUAUGAGAAUCUUCUGGGUCUUUAUGGGUUUGUUUUGUUUUCUCAUGAUUUAAUGUUUUUAUUUUAAUGUUGGAAUUUGGAUUUUUGUUUUAGUGUUGGAGACUAUUAUUAUGGCUAUGUUAUGUUUUAAGGAUGUUUAUGGAUGUAUGGAGCAUCAGUUUUUAUGGUU